AUGUUUGGGUGCUUUGGAAAGAGUGAGUGUGUCUUUUGUAGCGUAUCUACCGAGAAUGGAUUCUCUAUAAUCUACGAGGACGACACUCUUAUUGCAUUCCACGAUCGUUCUCCAGGUGCUAGAUUCCAUGCAUUAGUGAUUCCACGAGAUCAUGUAUCGACUGUAAAAGUCCUCGACACAUCUCAUGUACCAUUGUUAGAAAGAAUGAUAGGCCUGGGCCAUCAGCUCCUCAAGGACAGAGGCUAUGCACAAAAUGCAGACCAAAUCCGACUUGGAUUUCAUGUACCUCCAUUCAACUCGAUCAACCAUAUCCAUCUCCAUGUUCUGGGUCUACCAUUUGGGAACCGAUUUAGAGAGUGGAAAUAUACGCCUGGACUGUGGUUUGCAGAGGCGAAUACUGUAUUGGAGAGAUUGAGACAAGGCCUGAGCCCUGUGUAG